AACAAAUAUUUCAAAUUUUUAACCAACAAUGGCUACUCUUUGUAUGUCUUCAUCUUCUUUAGUUAAACUUCACCAAAUCUCCCCCUUUAUUCAUUCUUCUUUCCCAGCAAAUCCAAAUCUACUUCGGAGAUCAUUUUUCGAUCAUUUUACGGCCGUCAAUUAUGUACCGGAAUCUUUGAAAUUGAGGGCAAGGGUUUCCUUAUUUCCGUUUUUCUUUACCAAAAGUGAAGACACUGAGAGCCUCAAGCAGGAGCUUCUCGAAGCCAUAGCCCCACUUGAUCGCGGUGCUGAGGCCACUCCUGAAGAUCAAAAGCUUGUUGAUCAGAUUGCAAGCAAACUUGAGGCAGCUAAUAAAGUGAAGGAGCCCCUGAAGUCGAGCUUAUUGAAUGGAAAGUGGGAGCUUUUGUAUUCUACAUCUCAAUCAAUUCUACAAACCAAGAGGCCCAAAUUCUUGAGAGCCAAUGGAAAAAUUUACCAGGCUAUCAAUGCAGAUACAUUGAGGAUUCAGAAUAUGGAAACAUGGCCAUUUUUCAAUCAGGCUACUGCCAAUUUAGUUCCUCUUAAUGCACGGAGAGUUGCUGUAAAAUUUGACUCUUUCACGAUAGCAAGUCUGAUACCUAUAAAGAACCGCGGAAGUGGUCGUGGUGAACUUGAAAUCACAUACCUGGAUGAAGAACUAAGGAUAUCAAGGGGCAACCAAGGAAACCUGUUUAUUCUAAGAAUGGUGGAUCCAUCAUAUAGAGUCCCUCUUUAAGCAUGGCUCCUGUGGAUAGUAAUUGUCUCAAGCAAUCGCUCUUAGAACCAUUUCAGUUGGACUUCAGCGUUGGAACUAGUUCUCAUGACGCGUACAAGCUUGAUCAGAUUUCCGAUCAACAAUAAUAAAGAUAUGCUUCAUGGUAAAGCUAAACAGCAUAGUCCAACUUGCUUCACAUCUUACUGUGCUAUGAUUGACCAUCAUAAUAGCAAAUAAACUCAUUGCUUGUAGUUUGAUCAAGGGACUACAUCUCUUAUGAUGCAUAAUAUAAGUGAAUUGGUUUUCAAGUUCAA